AUGGGGGAAAUAUGGAAGAUACCAGCAAAGGAGACAAUAGUGAACACAGGCGACGAGUGGCUAUUUGAUUUGUUAGUGACACUAGCGGAAGAGGACCGUGUGAAAGUUCUGAUGAUAAUAUGGAGGAACUGGCAGCUACGUAAUGAUGCCAUGCAUGAUAAAACUGUGCCUUCGGUCGCGGUCACUAGUGGUUUUCUACAAAGCUACAUGUUGUCUCUAGAUCAGAUCAAACAUGAUAAGGGCUACGAUAUGCUGAAGGGGAAAAGAGACUUGAAUCCAGUGGGAGGAGGAGCUCAGCUACGGCAAGAAAAGAGAUCACAGGAGCAUGCACCGUGGCCGCCACCUCUGGAAGGCUGGAUUGCUCUAUCCCUUGAUGGCUCUUUUGAUGCGGAAUCACAUAUGGCUGGAGCGGCCAUGUUGGCGAGGAAUAGCAGAGGAGAACACAUUUUGUCGGCGUGCUGGUUUAUACCACACUGCUCGAGUGCUUUCGAAGCAGAGUGUAUGGCAGCCCGAGAAGGAGUCUCCCUGGCAGUCCAGCAUUCAACAUUGCCUAUGGUGAUUUAG